CGCCGGGCUCAGGCGGGAGGAACUGCGCAGGAUCACCGGGAGGGAGAUGGACGGGCUCCCGCUCGAUGGGUUCGACUACGCGUCCAUCCUCGGCCAGUGCUGCGAGCUGCCAAUGGGGUUCGUGCAGCUUCUCGUGGGCGUCGCCGGCCCGCUCCUUCUCGACCGGGAGCCCUUCCGCGAGGUGGGCAACGCCUUCCUCCUCUCCGGCGGCAGCGAGGGCAUCGUCGCCGACGGGGCAGACCCCGCCGGCCCGCUCCUUCUCGACCGGGAGCCCUUCCGCGAGGUGGGCAACGCCUUCCUCCUCUCCGGCGGCAGCGAGGGCAUCGUCGCCGACGGGGCAGACCCCGCCGGCCCGCUCCUUCUCGACCGGGAGCCCUUCCGCGAGGUGGGCAACGCCUUCCUCCUCUCCGGCGGCAGCGAGGGCAUCGUCGCCGACGGGGCAGACCCCGCCGCCCCUGCAUCCUCCUUCAUCAAGUUUGUGAAUAUUACAUUUUGGAGAACCCCAGAAGCUGCGAAAUCACACGCAAAAAUGGCACAUAGUUUGGAGAACCCCAGAAGCUGCGUUUGACCCGUAUCGCCAUCAUCAGCGAGGACAAGUGCAAGCCCAAGAAGUGCCGUCAGGAGUGCAAGAAGAGCUGCCCCGUCGCCAAGACCGGUAAAAUCCCUAUCCCCGCUCCAUAGCUUUGGCAAUUCGGACCUUAGAUUUAGAUCCUGAGGACUCUGUUAGAAUCCCAUGAGGAAUCCCAUGAUAUUAGGGGAGACCAACAGGAAUUUUGGGAGGAAGACGGGUAUGAUUCGGGUGGCGAGAAAGAACGCAGAGAGAAGUAAAUCUGAUUAGUCUAUUCUUGCUCUUGCCCCUUUCAAUCCGGCGCACUGGGUUUAGGACUUAGAACACCCCUGCACCCCUGCUACUUCCGGUUCUGGUAUACACCAAGGCAUGCAUACAUAGGCCUACUUGAAAGUUGAAGCAAAAUAGAAGGCUAACACCAGGUUUCAUUUGUAGUUGAUAGUUGACUAAGUAAGAAGCCUGAUCCACUCCAAAUAGAACACCCGAAUUGCAGAAGUACAUUCUUCGUAUAUAUUGCACAAUUGACCAUUGUUUAGUGUGUGGACAUCAUUCACUUAUAAAUUCAUAUCGUUAUGUGGAGAACUAGAGAAAAGUGGUCGUGCUUCAUGAACCCGAAUUGCAGAAGUACAUUCUUCGUAUAUAUUGCACAGUUGACCAUUGUUUAGUGUGUGGACAUCAUUCACUUGUAAAUUCAUAUCGGUUAUGUGGAGCACUAGAGAAAAGUGAUCGUGCUUCAUGAACCUUCCUUCAUACAACCAAUACCCAGGCUCAAAAAUAUACAGUCUAAACAACCAAAUGCUACCUCCAGUAUGGUAUUUAGAAUCAUGAAUUUCAGGGUCCCAUGGUACACUUUGACAUUACCUGACCAACCUGAAAAUUUGAUAUGGAAGGGCUUCACCACCAGGGAAUCUGUUCAUGCGUGGUGAAUUCGAUGCUAGAAAGGGAUUUUGUUGACUCGUUGGUCCCCUUGCAAGAUCUGAGGAAUCGGAACCGCCAGCAUCUUAAGGGCCAUUUUUUCAGCUGUAGAAAUUUGGUUAAUAUCUCUUGUUUAGUGAAUUAAAUAGAUUUUUUGCACAUGUUGCUGGAUGUUUAGUUCGUACUGUAACUUGUGAAGAUCCAGUGUCCAAAUACAGUAUCAUCAAUUUCACUGAAACAGAUACAAUAUAUUGAUCUCUUCUCUCUAUGGCUGAUGCAUUCAAUCAAAGAUCUAUGUUUACUUUUAUGAAAAAUAAAGAUUUAUAUGCAGCUGCCAGUAGCCAGCGAGUAUUUGGUUUGAACCCACACUGCUAAAUUGCCUCUCUCCACAGAGUCGCGACGUUGUAAGAACUAAGUUGAACAGGUUUCACGUCGUGUGAUGGUAUUAAGAGCCUCGACAUCGGCUCAGGCAUCGGCUGGAUAGGCUCAGACAUCGGCUCAGGCUUCGGCUCCAGUUAUAAACAUUAUCCACAUUUUUUCAUUGCUGUGCAUACUCAACUGAAACUGAAGUAACCAAAUUUUAUUUGAGUGCACUAUUAUUAUACAGACUCAAUUGAAGCCGAAGUACACAAAAUUUAGUAAGCAUCCGAGUGCACUAAUACAAACUACUACAACAUAGCCCUUUCUGCAUCUUUGUACAUCCUAUUCUUCCUAUGGACAUUCUCAAGGUCUGCACAUAAUUGUCGAUCAAAACAAAAGAGCAUGCCAGUAGCACCAUGCCGCAUCUAGCGCUGGUUCGCAUAGGAGCCUUGGUGCGGCACAGCCGCAGGGAUUUUUUCCCCCAAUCUCGAAUGCGCGGCUUUGUGUUUGUGUCCCAGGUGACCAAUCACAGGGGCUCCAAUCAGAUAUUAUUUUUCCCUUCAUCACAUGUAUGCAGUGGUUGAUAAGCGGUGAGUACUGUCACAUGCGCCAGACGAUGCAAAAUAUACGAAUCAGUGGUUGAUAAGCAGUGAGUGUUGUCACAUGCGCCGAACCAUGCAGUGGUUGAUAAGCAGCCACAGGA